AUGGUUGCUAUCAGACGGGCUGCCCUGCUUGCGGGCCUGGCGCAGUUGAUAAGCAUAAGCGCGGCCCAAGAUGCCAUCACGGACGACUCUCACUUUUAUGGCCAGUCACCGCCGGUUUACCCAUCACCCGAAAUGGUGGGCGGCAACGAGUGGGAGGCAGCAUUUCAAAAGGCGAAACUGCUGGUGGGCAAGAUGACUUUGGAAGAAAAGGUCAAUCUGACGGCAGGCGUCACAAAAGACUCUACAUGUUCUGGCAAUAUUCCUGCCAUUGAGCGUCUACACUUUCCGGGCAUGUGCCUCAGCGACGCCGGUAAUGGUCUUCGCAACACAGACUUUGUCAGCGGUUUUCCAAGUGGUAUCCAUGUUGGUGCUAGUUGGAGCAGGGACUUGGCUUUCCGGCGUGGCACUACCAUGGGCGGUGAGUUCAAGACGAAAGGCGUCAAUGUCCUGCUUGGUCCCGUUGUUGGCCCUGCUUGGCGUAUCGUACGUGGAGGCAGAAACUGGGAAGGCUUCUCUGUCGACCCAUGGUUGUCUGGACAAUUGGUCGCUCAGACUGUCUCUGGCAUACAGGGGCAGGGUGUUAUCACCAGUACCAAGCAUUACAUCGGCAACGAGCAAGAAACCAACAGGAAUCCAGAAGGAAAUAUAUCUGCUGUAUCUUCCAACAUUGAUGAUAAAACUAUUCAUGAAGUAUAUCUAUGGCCUUUCCAGGACGCUGUAAGAGCCGGUAGCGGAAACAUCAUGUGCUCUUAUCAACGGGUCAACAAUUCGUAUGGAUGCUCUAAUAGUAAGACGUUGAAUGGUCUUCUCAAGUCUGAACUUGGAUUCCAGGGAUUCGUUGUUUCUGAUUGGGGUGCACAGCACGCAGGAGUUGCUACUGCAAAAGCUGGCCUCGAUGUAGCCAUGCCUUCGAAUGGUGGUUUCUGGGGCGAUCAUCUCACUGAAGCUGUCAAGAAUGGUUCACUGCCCGAGUCUCGAGUGACAGAUAUGGCAAUGAGAGUCAUUGCUUCUUGGUAUCAAUUCAAUCAAGACCAAGCAUUUCCAAAGCCCGGAAUCGGCAUGCCUUCCAAUGUCCUUGAUCCUCAUGAGAUUGUGGAUGGGCGAGAUCCAGCUGCCGCCCCAGUUCUCCUUAAUGGAGCCAUUGAAGGGCACGUUCUUGUCAAAAAUACAAAGGAUACUCUGCCCUUGAAGUCACCUCGCAUGCUUUCCCUCUUUGGCUACUCAGCCAAGACUCCAGACGGCUUUAACCCAUCUUCAAACUCAUUACUCAGUCAAAAUUGGAUUACAGGUCAGGAGGCGGUUAAUUCUAACUAUGUUUCAGAGAAUGGAGGGCCCGCAUUCGGUGAAAAUGGUACCAUGUUUGGCGGUGGUGGUUCUGGCGCCAUCACGCCGGCCCUCGCCAUCUCUCCAUUCGAAGCAUUGAAAAUGAGGGCAUACCAAGAUGGCACGGCGGUGUUCAACGAUUUCAUCUCCGAUCGGCCAUCUGUUGAGCCUAGCUCUGACGCCUGCAUCGUUUUUGGUAAUGCGUGGGCCUCUGAAGGAUCUGAUCGUCCCGCGAUUCGGGAUGACUAUUCAGAUUCACUAAUCAAAUCGGUGGCGGAUCAGUGUAACAAGACGGUUGUCAUCUUCCAUAAUGCAGGACCUCGACUAGUUGACGGCUUUGUUGAUCAUCCAAACGUUACAGCAGUCAUCUUUGCCCAUUUACCAGGUCAAGAGAGCGGCCCUGCGCUCGUUUCCCUCCUCUAUGGAGACACAAGUCCCUCUGGUAAACUCCCAUACACAGUUGCGAAAAAUGAAUCCGACUACGGCGAUGUGCUUGAUCCGGCACAGCCGAAAGGCGAGUUCGCAAACUUCCCCCAGGCCGAUUUCAACGAAGGAAUAUAUCUCGACUAUCGCUACUUUGACAAAAAGGGCAUCGAACCUCGGUACGAGUUCGGGUUUGGACUUGGUUACACCACUUUUGCAUAUUCCAACAUAUCGAUCAACUACAUCGAGGGGGCAAAUACAUAUCCCUGGCCGGGAGGCCCCAUCGUAAGCGGCGGGCAAACCGAUCUCUGGGAUGCAAUCGCCACUGUCAGCGUAAAUGUCAAGAACACAGGCAGCGUUGCCGGCGCAGAAGUGGCGCAGCUCUAUGUUGGCAUUCCGGGAGCCCCAACGAAGCAGCUUCGUGGGUUUGAAAAGCCCUUCUUACAGCCUAACCAGUCAGAAGCAGUAACUUUCCAUCUCACGAGAAGGGACUUGAGCGUUUGGAGCGUUGAGAGACAGAAGUGGCAACUACAGCAGGGCACGUACAAGUUUUACGUGGGGAGCAGCAGCAGACGGCUACCCCUGAACGGGACGAUGCACUUGUAA